AUGCUUAAAAACUUUUUUCAGUUCUGCAAUGAGGAGCUACGACCCGACGGCGUAUGCGCAGCGUGUACCAAGCUAGCGGUAUCCGCGUUCGAAUUUCGAACGCUAGUCAAGAACUCGCAAAACCUCUGGAUCAACUGUUACAAUUCGUUCGAUCUUAUAGAAACUGAAGCAUAUUCUAAGUCUUUAUAUGUCAUUUUAAACGACAAUUUAUCGUUGCAAGACAUACAGGCUUUUAAUGGAGACAUAAAGAGCUACAUCGAGCACAUCACCAAUCCGUCUAAACUAUUGAUUGACAGGACAGAUAAAAAACAGCGGAUGUCCAGAAAUGGCCCGAACUGCACCUGCACUGACUGUGGCAAAGAGUUCACUAGUCCAUAUUAUUUGAAUUUGCACUUGAAGAAUAGUAGCCAGAAGGAAGCGUGCUGGCUCUGCGCAACUAUAUGCAAUCGAGGUGACGAUAUGAAGAAACACUUCUCGGAAAUACACAAAAUCGAGAUGCGCUCGUGCAAAAAAUGCCCAUUGCUCUUCAAGAGCAACCAGGAGUUGGAGAAGCACGUGGAGAAGUGCCACAGAGCCAACAUCCACACUUGCACGGACUGCGGUAACUCUUUCAACAAGCACGCGUCACUAGAACUUCAUUCACAGAUGCACGUGGUGAGGACGUGUAGAGUCUGUGGGUCGCAGUUCGCAAACCGAGGCUGCUACCGCUACCAUAGAUCCCAGUGCGAACCAGACGCUAAGCCAGAUUUGAAAACGCUGCCUCGAAACAAACGGUCCAACGUCCGCGACCCAGCGAUGUACAUCUGCGAUUACUGUAAAAAAGUCUACCCGACAAGACCACAGCUGCAAAAUCACAUAAUCUGGAUUCACAUGGACCACAGGCCGCAUCAGUGUCAAUGGUGCGGGAAGAGGUUCUACACCGCCGCACGCCUAUCGGAACAUAGUGUUGUACACACGCGGGAACGAAAGUUCAGUUGUGACAUCUGUGGCGCGAAAUUGGUUUCCAAGAUGGCGGUGGUCUACCACAGACGGCGGCACACGGGGGAGAAGCCCUACGAAUGCGAGGAUUGUGGAGAGAAGUUUAUCUCGUCUUCACGAAGGACGGAGCACGCUAAGCGGAAACACGGGAAGGGACUCAAGUUGAACUGUGAGUUUUGCAAGUUGAGUUUUGUGAGAACACGUGAACUGAAGAAACAUAUCGUUAGGGUGCACUGGUUGGAUAAGAACGUGAAAAAGGAAAGUGAGAUCACGAUCGAGGAACAUCAUUUGUGUUAG